AUGAAAUGUUUGAAAGAGAGAUGGGCCGUUUUUCUCUCAGUAGUCAACAUUGGUUUGGCCCUACUAAACAUUUGUAAAAAUAUAUCUGGUCCAUUUGAGCGAGAGCCAAUAUAUCGUUUUUUAUUGGAUCCAAAAUCAGUGAAGCUCAGACUCUAGUUGAUUUUGGCCGCCGGUGAGGGAAAUGGUUCUCACUAACUUCAACGGAGCCGGAAUCGGAUUCGAUUUGAUCUCGUGACCCCUGAUUAUCAACAACAUUCUUGCGAUUAGAGGCCAGAGAAAGAUUUGAUAAUGCCAGUUCUGCAUUUCCUCGCAGGGAUUCCGAUGAAUUUCUUAGGUCUUGGAGCGGGUGGUGGGUGUGGCAUUGGAGUGGGUCUUGGAUGGGGGUUCGGCACCGCCUUUGGAAGUCAGUACAGGAAUUCUAGGGUUUCCUUUGAACUCCAUGGAAGCAAAGCUGGAGCACAAAACACAAUCACCAGGAAAGCUGGUGCUGAUGAUGAUGACUCUAAUAAGUUGUAACUUUUCUUGGUCAAUUUUUGUAGUUUUAUUUUACCAAAACACUCAAUUUGUUGGAAAAGAAACACAGUUUGCUGUC